AUGGUGGAUAAAGGAGUUGAAAUCCAAGAUAAAGAUGAAGAUGGACAAUCAGAAGAAAACUCCGUUAAAAGAUCAGUCUCAAGCGAGAUAAAAGCUCUUGAAUCCAUGAUGGGGGAGGAAAAAGCAGACAAAGCAGAUGAAGAAACGGCGUCCCAAAUAUUAGAUGCAGAUGAAGAAACCGUAACUAGAGAAUUUCUACAAAUGCUCGAGGGUGUUGAAGCUAAUAAGUUUAAGAUUGAUCCUGAAAUCCUUUUUCCGAAGGUGGAAAGCAAUGAAAAUACAGGAGACCGAGUCCUAAGUUUUCCUACCAGAUCUAGGGAAGGAAUUGGGCUGCGUGGUCCAAUCACGCAACGGAGGCUACAUGGCAGCUAUGAAUCUUCUGGAUACUACAAUUGCCUGGAAACACACACCAAAACUCGCAAUGCAGAUAUCCAAGCCAUUCAUUCUCCAAUCAUAUAA